AUGAAGCCAGAAGCCGUCAGCUUCAUCUUUGAGCAUGCGUUUCUCCCGCCCAAGCUACCGCAGUCUGAUCACGAGGAAGCUGCCUCUGAUAUUGUCCUCCAAGAGUUCUCACGAGCCGUUCGCGAGUUCUCGCUGUCCCAAACUCCUCGGAGCAAUGAGGCGCGUGUGUGGGCACGACUGGCGCGGUCUCUGCCAAAAUGGGCCAAUAUCUAUGAAUCUGGCAUUCCGUGCAGCUCCACGAUCAUCAACACUCUCCAAACUAUGGACAGCGACGACACCCUCUUGUUUUAUGUCAAGCCUCAAAACGCUGCGAUCGUCGUCAGAAACAGGUCUACCGGCACAAUAUUUGAGUGUUUCGAGGUCCUGCCUAAGACUGACGCGGUAUUGGCUGCCAAAGAUGCACUCAUAAGACAGUUUCCCGCCAGGGCGGUAUUUGUACCAGUCGAGACCAUGCAGAAUGCUUCAUUUGUACAAGAGCUUGGAACUGCGAUUCACAAACUGUCGGUCGAAGAACUGAGAUUGGCCAUGGAAACCACUACAAAAGCCAAAAAUACCGUGGUAGAAAACCGCCAGUCUGCGCAUCCCAGAGCCGUUUCCGAAUGGUUGUUUGGGGUUCUCAGCAGUUAUGGGCAAGCCACUUCAAGCCCGACUAUCUCCAAACGUGUUCAUGACGACGUUUGCUGGACCAAUUCUUCCAAACCACCUUGGCGACGCUCAGGAAUCUGGCUCAGUGCUCGUGUGGCCCUUCAAAUUGCCUUACACAACUCGGAUCUUGCCGGCGAAGAGCGAUCUCACUACAAGAACUUCAUGUUGUUUUUCCUGUCGCGCCUUGCUACGACAAUCUCAGCAGUAAACAUGUCACCUGAUACACUUCAUGUGCUUCGUGUCAAGUUGGCGAGACGAAACGCAAAGCUCGGUUCUGGAACAUUUGCAUUUGUGCAGGAAUCUGUCCGGGCUACUCUUUCACGCCUCGGCCAAUCCAUGCAACUUCAGUGGAAAGAAGUGACUGAGAGAGACAACUUGACUCUUCCAAAAGUGCCUGUCCGGGAUUUAUCUGCUCAGUUGGCCAUGAAGAAUAGUCAGUCCGCUGUGAGACAUGUUUGGGCUCGCUCUCAGCAGUCUUUCACUUACCCUCAAACCACAUUCGCGCCUCACGUUUCAGUCAGAAUCAUGCUAGAUGACACUCAGCUGCCAGACCCCUCAAUGUUCGAUAAGUCGGGAGACAAGCUCGUUGCCCUUGUCGCUUUUGAGCAAUGGGUCCGUUGUCACCUUUCAAACUGGAUGCGCCGGAGUCAUCCGCAGUCAUCUUCUUGCCAAUUGCUGUCUUCGUUGAUGCGCAACUAUCGGAAAUGUGCAGCAGCGAAGUACAAGGGACAUCCACAAAGUGUCUCACUUAUGCUUCUUACACUUUUUGACAUCUGGGUCGCCCUGGAUAAGACUGCCACGGCAGUCUGUCCCCUUCUGCGCCAAUAUCCUCCGGACAUCGACCCGAUCAUUUUUGCUCCUCUUCUCCUCUGCAAGCGAUCUGAACUGGAACGCUUGCAUCAGAUCGAAUGCCACCUAUCGGCACGCCUGUCGGCCUGCAACGUGGGUUACCCUUCCCUGUUCAGUGACCCAUCACCCGAUUGCUUUGCUGUCCGAUAUUUCGACAUAUCGCCGGCCUUACAACGACUACGGGCAAAGAUUGAAAUCCAGGCGCGCUCUAAACGUCAAGCCAAGCUAGAGGAGUGGGAAAGGAAGAAAGCAGACUUUGAAAAGCUUAUGGAAAGCGUUGAAGCUAUGGAGUGUGGUAUCUUCGUUCCUCGAGGCCCUGACUGGGUCGGGCGUCCUCGUCAUGACCGCUACUGCAAGAGAUGUGCCAAAGAGCGGACUGCUAAGGCCAUCACAAUUGAAAAGCACGAAUGGCCUCUGCCCGAGGAGGAGGCGAACAUCAAAGCAGUCAUCUUUGAGCUCAAGCCACCGGAAGCCAUUGUCGUCUGGCGUGACGCAACGUGGUUUCUUGUCCAUGACAUUGGUAGGGCAUCAGUGCCAGCUGCAGAUGUAAAGCAAAUCUUGCGCUCGUAUCCUCCACUUGCGGCGUCCGCCCGAGCUCAGAACAUCCGUGUGACGCUCGCAUCAUCAGUCAAAUCGAUGCAAAAUGCCCACUACUUCAAGUCGGGUUUGGAGAUGGAUGACGUGCUCGUCAAAAACGGCCUUCGACCGAGAAUGUUUGACACCGACAGCAAGAUCUGGACAGAAGAACAGGAGAGCCAGUCCUCGCUGACCCGAUACUGCAACGCACAGCUCCCAAAGCCCCUGAAAGGGCACCUGAGUCCCUAUGUGAACAUGAACACACAUACACAGAACUCGAUCAUCGCGCAACAUUGCAAUUGUCCUCGUGAGAUGGGGCCCCAUGAACAUGUCCUUUUCGGGUCUCUGCGUUCUGGAGAACGACUACAGUGGAUGACUAUCCUCACAAUGUUGACCUCGGCGGAGAUUGACCUCAACUCGACUUCUACGUCAAUUCUACUUACGCAUGCCAUGUCACAGGUGGGGACCGCCGGCGUAUCUGCACCAGAAUAUCUACGCGAAUCCCAGCAAGACCUUGCAGUGGGAUCCUUCUGUCACGCUCUCCUGAAUGCACUCGAGUCCAGCUUUGCGGGAAUAGAAGCUAACUGGAAAGAAGUCACUGCUGCAAGUGUAGUGCUUGCGAUCACUUUCAAAGUGUUGUCAUUGGUACCAGAGCGCAUUGACGUGUCUCGAUGGAAAGAUCUCGUGCAGCGGAUUCGCAAGGCCGGCAUUGUAUGGAUCAGUCAGUUGACGGAGCUCCAUAUGCACCAGAAAUCAGAGUCCACAGGAGGCCUCAGCCUGAAGGAUCUAUCUCGUCAGAUCGUCAAUGCCUGCCUCUUGACACGACAGACCUUCAAUGUCGAUGAGCAUCUACUCACGUCACUCUUUUCAGAUGAUGGCGCCAUUGCUGACUACAUUGAAGCAGCCAUCCAUUUGCACGAUCAUCGCCAACAGGGCGCUGUGGCUGAUGAUCCCAAACAGAAAUCAGAUCUCUUGAACGACGAUUAUCUUGCGCGGCGAUGCGAGAAGCCUCUCCUCGACCAACUCAAACUCCGCAACACUGCGAUUUCCGACGGUAUCAAGCGAAUCUGGCACUCUGCGACUUUCACAACGGCAUGGACCAUCGUUCACCAGAAUGACACCUCGUGGCUACAGAGUAAGGUGUCAUCAAGACUUGUUCAUUUCAAUGUUCUCACUGGGAAGCUUCUGGUCUCCGGGCGACCGCUGUCCCACCUACCGACAACAUAUACCUCGCACCCACUCUAUCGCUCUAUUUUUGGCGAACUCGAUCUUGAUGUCUCUGCCUCGGACGUCGCUGACAUGGAGUAUCUGUCCAAACCCAUGUUUGAGGGACACCGCAUCUACUUUGGAAUGCGUGGUAAAACUCUUCUCCUGCGAUCAAGUAUUGAUGGUCAUUUCUUCGAGGCAAUUCUUCGCGAUACUUUCAGAGGAGAUAUUCCGGAGUCUAUCGUCAAGAGCAGCAUACCCUGGAUGUCUCUGGAUGAUGGUCGAGUCCUCUUUCGUCCAAUCACCCGACCCUGGGAAUCUCAUGUCGACGACUGGGUACUAUAUCCCGCCAUUCACUCUGGAACGACGGCUUCUAUGCGGACCGAUCACGCGUUUCUGAUUGAUCAUGCCAGUGCGGUGGGGAGCACAAUAUGUGACAUCUUUCGUCCUUUUGAACGCCGAGAUCACAUUGUCAUAUCGAGGCAUGAUCAGACAACGACUAGAAUCAAGCUUCCCCGAUAUCACCUGAACUUCUUCGUCACCCUGAAAGGUGAGAUCCAAUGUCAGGAACUCUCUGCAGUCCUGGAUACCUCCCAAGUCAUUGGAACGUUGUAUGGCUUGAAGACUCGCUUGGUCCUUCGGGCAGUCAAUAAUGUUUCUUCGGUUGUCCGAAGUGUCCUGAUCCCAAACGGUGACGUUGUUCUAUCUAUUGCGCGACCUCACGUUAGUGCUGGAGUCCAUCUGGCAGAUGCUGAAACUCUGUCAUUCUCUCAUUAUCGCGUCGAUGAUAAGCUAGGCCGGCUGAUCGCAGAUGAUUUGGAAGGUCAUCUGUUCAAGUCGUAUCUUCACGCCAUCACCAGUUUUCCCGAGAACGACGAGCUUACUAGACGCACUGGAAGCGAGGAAAGUCUCCUCAGUCUCUCCGAUCCGAUUACUCGGACCUCUGUGCCUUUCUCUGCUCGGUCGCAGACGCUAUUGCACCUGAUCGCGCAACUCUCACCUAGGCGUAAGUUUUACCCGGUCGGAAUGAGAACGAUGCACUCUGAUGCAUUUCAUGAUUCUCUACCAUACCUUUCUCAACGUGACAUCUUCUAUGGCACUGUGGUCGAUAUUAUCUCACACAAUUCCAAGGCCACCUUCUUGUUUGAGUCGCAAGAUGUGCAGCGGUUGUCAUACUCUGGAGAUCUGCCAUUGCUUGACAGAUCCUACCAUCGGACCCGCAAGCUGUAUCCUUGCGAGUCUGUAUCGACGGGACAAACCGAUCCCGAGGACAAAUGCUACUUUUCUCGCGACCGCGAUGAAAGUGCAAACCAGGCCGCGGCUGCCUCAAUGGCGGGCCUAGCCGGAGCCUGGCUGUCUGCAUUCAGUGUGCGCGCAGACCUGAGAGCCAUGGUCUUGGGAUGGGAACAGAUCAACGGCUUUGGUGAGGAGUAUUCUGCGUUUUCCUUUUCGAAGGUCUUGAGCCAGGAUCUACAACAACAAUUUGCCAAGUUGUUGAUUUAUUGCAAAGGGCAUUCGACCUCUCGUGAACACCUGGCUUUUCUUCUCUCACUGAUCGUUUUCGGCAAUCCCCGUCUUGCGCGUGAGCUGAGGACUGCCCUUGCAUUUGCGAUCUCACCACCGUUGAUGCAGCUGCCCGCCCCUGAACACAACACCUAUAACCUACGUCAGGGAUACACAGUUAACCGCGGGGAGAUUCUGACUCUUAUUGCACAAUGUGAAAAGGGCUUCACACCUGCAGCAUCGUCGGACACCAGUGACAGUGACAGUGAUGACGAGGACGAUGAUGCAGAACGAGAGCAAUACGAGCGCGAGCUAAGCGAUCAGCGCCAGCGGAUCAUCAUAACAGUAGAAGCAGCCUGGCCGGGCGACUCGGUGCGGCUUCCCGGGAAGAGGUCGAUUGACCAUUACAAUUUUGCCGAACUGAAACAGUUACUGAACGGUAGGCUGGCAGCUUGGUACAAGAACCAUGUUUUCUUGUCUCAACUCGACGCGUUUGACCAAGAACUGGAGACGAUGCAUCAUUCUUGGUCAGGACCAACAGUCCAGAGCAAUAUUCUUCCUGUUCCUGGGCAUCAUGUGGUUCCUGGGCCUCAAACUCAAUUCUCCCUCUUGGAUAUCAUGUGCUCGGUCCCCACCGCCGAGGAAGUUCUCCGUCAGAGCAGACCCAGUUGUUUGGAUCAAGAUCUUGCCCGGUCCAUAUGUCAUCGCGAACAUCACCAGCACCUGGCAGCAAAUGAGCUUCGUUGCACAUGGGAGGAACUGGAGGACAUGGUUGAAGACUUGACUACGGACUCGAGUACUAUCAUCCAGGAGUACGCCAAGUCCUUAAACGAAAGCAUCAUCGCGUGGAAGAAGAAGACGGCAGAAGAGCAGAGCAGAUUGAGAAUUGUGAUCCAGUCCACUCUGAGUGAAAAGGCCAAAGACGUGAAAGAUCGUAUCAGCCAGAUUCUCUGUCGGAGUCGCCGACUUCUUCAGCCAUGCGAGUCUCACCAAGCUCUGGUAGACGCAGGGAUUUGGCCCCACGUCUCUGAAUUGACACUACUACAGCUGCUCACCGCGCAACACAGAGAAAGAGUACCCGGAGAUUGGAUCAAGAUAAUCAUACUACUGGCGCGAGAGGUGACGGCCCUGCAACGAGUGGAACGCCUGCAGAAAUACAUGGCCGCAAAGGACAAUUUUGCCCUCCAGUGCGAACUUGCAAACCCUGCGCACGCGGCCUGGGAGCCAGAGCAGUGGCCAGACUGGCUGCUGCUUGAGAUUCAGAACAACAUCCUGAUACGACCUGUGCAGGUGCGGGUUGCGCAGGAACUGAUCAAGCCGGAGAACGGCCUUGUUUUGCUCGGUAUGGGCGAAGGGAAGACAAGUGUGAUCUUACCCAUGAUUGUCACGGCUUUGGCGAGUGGCUCUCAACUUGUGCGCGUCAUUGUACUGAAACCACUUGCAAACGAGAUGCUCCGACUUCUAUCCUCGAGUCUUGCAGGACUGGUCGGUAGGACCGUUUAUCAUCUUCCGUUCUCGAGGCAAACAUCCUUGAAUCUCGAAACACCUGAACUGCUGAAGGGCAUCUUUGAGGAUUGUCUCCAGAGCUGUGGGGUGCUACUGACUCUACCAGAGCACCUGAAUUCCUUCCGCCUCGUUGGAAGCGACAAACUCGGUACGGACAAGAAUCUCUCGAUCGAACUCAUCCGCCUGCAAAAGUGGCUAGAUUGCAACACUAGGGAUAUCUUGGACGAGAGUGACGAACUUUUGAAGCCGGCAUACGAGCUCGUGUACACCAACGGAGAGGCCAAUGUUCUAUCAGGGGCGCCUGAUCGAUGGAUCGUUGCACUAGAGCUGCUUGCUCUUGUACAACGAGAUGCUGUCCGCCUUCAAAAGGCAUGCCCGGCUGGGAUCGAACUUGAAAUGCGCGCUCCCGCUUCUUUUCCUCACAUUCGAAUCCUCAAUGAAGAGGGCGCUCGCCUGGUCACUAGAGAGCUGGCCAGGGAAGUGGUCGAAGGAAAGCUGCCAGGGCUUCCUCUAGGUCAUUGCAAUGCGAAGACCUUGAAAGCCCUUUACCAUUUCGUGCAUGACCAGGAAGUUGACUCUGCUCAGUUCGGCUUGGUAUCCAAACACUUCCAAGGCUCGGCGCAGUUCGACUUGCUCUAUGUUCUCCGGGGUCUGAUAUCUCAACAGAUCUUGGCCCAUGCUCUCCGCAAACGCUGGCUUGUGAACUAUGGUCUGGACCGAGGUCGCUGUUAUGCUGCAGUCCCAUACCGCGCCAAAUCAGUCCCGUCCCCAAGUGCAGAGUUCGCACAGCCGGAAACAUUGAUUCUUCUCACCGCGCUUUCUUUCUAUUACACUGGCAUCCAGCGGGAGGACUUGGAGCGGUGUAUCCUGCUACUGUUGAAGUCACCGGACCCGGGUGACGAUUACUCCAAAUGGGUGGCAGACAGUACACUGCCAAAGAAGUACCGAAGCGCAAGCUCUCUCAAUCUGGACGACGCAUACUGCAUCUCCGAGCUUUACACUAAUCUCCGCUACAACAAAGCUGUGAUAGACUUCUUUCUCAGACAGGUGGUGUAUCCCAAGGAGGCCAAAGAGUUCCUCCACAAGCUUUCGAGCAGCGCAUGGGACCUUUGUGCGAAUGACGGCGGGAAAGUCACUUCCGGUUUCAGCGGGACUUGCGACAGCCGGAUUCCAUUGACAUGUUUUCAGAAAGAUAUUGAAGACCUGCGUCACGGAGCGGCGUCGACCCUGGCGACAUUGUUGAGAUACGAUAAUCGCAAGUACAUUUGCGCAGCAUCCGCGUCAGGUCAAAGACUGUCCACCGAUGAAUUGCUCGAAAUCAUCGUGGAACACAAGCCCCAGAGCCCAGCCGUCAUCAUUGAUGUCGGCGCCCAGUUUCUUGAGGACAACCGAGAGAUUGCUGAAAAGUGGCUACGAUUGUGCUCCGAGAAGAUGGCUGCUAUCUUCUUCAGUGAAAAUGACGAGAAGAUGGUGCUUAAUCGGGAUGGGAGCACUGAACUAUUUGCUUCGUCGAUAUUCAAAGAUGAGAUCGGACAAUGCAUGAUUUACCUCGACGAGUUCCACACACGAGGGACAGAUUUUCAACUUCCCGAUCACUUCAAAGCUGCAGUUUUGCUCGGCCCGGGGCUUUUGAAGGAUAGUUUAGUACAAGCCUGCAUGCGAAUGAGGAAGUUGGCGGUGUCACAAUCAGUGACAUUCUUCGCGCCACCAGAGGUGGACAAUAGCAUCCGCGCUUUGCUUCAGGAUCCCGCCAACAUCGACAGUUCCCACGUCAUCCGUUGGUGCAUCUCGCAAUCCUGCCGCACACUUAGAAGCCAACGACCGCUUUGGGCGGCGAAAGGCAUCUCACAUAGCCGGCGCCGACUGGCUUUCCAGGAGCACGUCAACACCAAUGGCAAGGUCAUGAACAGCGACCAGUAUCUCGACAAAAUCCGAGAAAAGGAGCGUCGUCAUGUGUCAGAGAUGUACACUGUAAAUCGACAGAACAAGAAAGAGCUUUCUUUCCAGCCGUCGGAGGGCGAAAAGAAGGAUCCCAUCAUGAGCCAGCUUUUGGAGGAAUGGGACAACACUGAAAUCAAAGACAUCAAGGACUCCGGGAUAUCCGAGGAGCAAGAACGGGAAAUUCUGCACGAAGUCGAAGAAGUACGAGAAGUCCAACGCCCUAAAUCAGCCAGGCCAGCCAGGCCAGCUGUGUCUCAAGCUCUUUGGAAUUUUAUCAGCAAAGGCCAAGUGCCUGAGAAAGCGGGCGACUUUCGUUCAGCAUUUGAGGUCUUCUUGAAUACCAGACUGGCGUCCCAGUACAAGCGCCGGGAGUGGCCCAUGGAGGUGUUCGUGACGCAGGACUUCUUGCGGACCAUUGUGACCGUUGCCGCUUCUCCACAGGAUGAUUUCCUCCGACCAGUCCAGUGGGUGUUGUUGGUCAGCUGUAUUAGGCAGCCCAUCAUUAUCAGCCCGCACGAAGCCCAAGGUUUUCUCCCGGCCAUCCGCAUGCAUAAACGUGCCACCCUCAUCCUCUAUCAACCGCGAACUGGGAGGAACAUGUUACCUUUUGACGGGAUGAACAUCUACCGCGUCCCAGCGAGUAUGGAGCCGGUCAACGUCGCUCCCGACGCGAUCUCGUUGCUCAAUCUAUUUGCAGGUCAGCUGUACUUCACCACAUUUGAAGACUACAAGCGUCUCUGUGCUCUCAUCGGUCUCUGGGACGGGGAAAGACCGCUUCCGAACCAGAGAGAGGUGGCCAGCGACAACUUUGUUUCUCCUGCGUGUCGUGCAGCGAAUGGCUGGACCGAGUGUAAGUUCUCUACAAGCCCGGUGGGGAUGCUCAAAGCUUUCAUCGGCAUGAGAAGACUUGGGAUUGAAUGGGGCCAUACUCAUAUGGGACGCAUGUUGGGAGGACGGAUACUGCGGUUGGAGGACUUCGAGGACCCAAAUGACUUUCUGGCUCAAGAGUUAGGCGAGAUGACUCUCGGAGAGGGUCGGGAGGUUGAUGAAGAGAGCGCAGAUCAGGAGAGCUCGGACGGGGAGAGUUCAGAAGAAGGGAGCUCGAGUGGACCGGGUAUGGAUGUUGCGAGGUCAGAUGGGAAGCAGUCAGAUGAGCAGAGUGGAGAGGAAGAGCCCACGAACGAAGUGGAAUCAGCUGAGACAUGUCGAGCACAUGAGACUUCAGAUGAUAAUGAGGGUUCGGACGAGGAGCCCACGAACGAGGUGGAGUCAGACGAGACAAGUCCAGAUGAAGAGGACUGA